AGUUAUGGGUAUAAAGAAGAGCCUGGAACCUGCUUCUCAGUGUCAUUCAGUACAUUCAGCUCUUCAAGUCUACGAUAUCCGACUCCAAGAAUCAAUCACCUUCACUCAUCCACCAAAUCAACUCUAUCAAUUCACACAUUUCAAAAUGGUCUGCUGCGGACGCAACAAUGGCACCUGCGUGUGCGCCCAGGAGGCUAAGUGCUCUUGCGGAAAGCAGCCUGCUCUCCAGUGCACUUGCGAAAAGGCUGCCACCGAGAACAAGCUUCCCUCUUCAACAUGUGCCUGCGGAAAGCGCGCUGAAGAUGCCUGCAACUGCAGCCGCUCUGAGAACAACGGCUCAUCAAACCUCGAGACCGACUUCACCACCAAGAAAUAAAUGUAUUGGUGCAAUAAAAGAGUUGUAGAUGCAUUUAAAGCGUAAAGAGGGUGGCAUACGGAAGGGAGUUCCCGGCGUUUAUUGAGUGUUUACGAGACGUGGGAUGGCGAUUGUGCCUGGAUUGGAUCAAACUUACGAGGACACUUACGACUAAGAUAUUCGAAAGUGCUAAAUGUUAAUCAAAGUUUUCUUGACAAAUUCACCCGUUCGUGUAAAGCGCGU